UUCUUAAUGCACACUCAAAGCCAGCGGUGGUCGCCGAUUGUGAAAUAGCACGGCCGUUGUGUUUUUUUAUUUAGCGUGCGGAGGCAGUCGGACUGCAGAGGAGGCUUCGGGACUGUUUCCGCACGCUCGAGGGAGAGCAAGGCCCAGUGACCCACAUUCAGAGCAGCCUGUGUCUAUGUGUACGCGUGGGCGAGCGCGCGCGCGUAUCCCUGCCAGUGUGUGUGUGUGUAUGUGUGUGCCAGGGGAACCGUGUGUGUGUGUACAUACAUCUGCCGCGAAAAUGUUUCCACCAUCGCUGAUUUUAGGCAUUUCUCCGCGACCGACAUUCAUGUUUUUGUCGGCUUUGAAGAGGAUCUUUCCCCGCGCGGACGUUUAGGCUCCGUUUUCUCGUGGCGUUUGAGGACCAACGACGCGAGCGGCUCUACCUGUCAUAUCUGUGUCAUGCAGCGUUCGCGAGCGUAGCGGGAGGAAACUGGGUCAGUAGGUGCAUUCAAUCUCUGGGUUAAAUGGACAGUUUUCGACAGCAAGCUUAGUUAGCCUGCUAGCUAGCUAUAUGGGUUGCUCUUUUUGCUCUCGCUUGUAUAACGAACACCUGUGGCACCAAAAGGUAUAUUGCAAUGUGUUACUGUGCAUGUGUGAUAGCUAAUGGAUGUUUUGGUCGACUGCAGUACGAGGACCGUGUCGCUAAUAUCAGCGUUUAUUCAUUGACGAUGAUGUACAGUGGGCAGGAUCGUCCAAUGAAGAAGCUCAGUCUAAUGAGGCUCCACUUAUUGGCCAUCAGGUAUACAUGACUGUAGGUCAGGACAGUGCAUGGAGCAAUUAAGAUGGUUUAACAAAAUGACUAAAUCUCACCAUAAUCUCCCACUAAAAUCAGAGCUAUAAAUAAUCUAGCGGGGCGCUAAUGUUAUUCAUAGAUGUGACUGUGUACUGUACUGUCAUAUCUUACAGUAAAAUCCUCUUAUAAGAUCACUGGGUCACAUAUGGUGUCCGAUUGGUGUUGACUCUGCUUGAUAGGUUUGGGAACUUUAUUGUCAGACUGUUAAUUUAGACAUCACAAAAACAGCUAUUUGAUUAAUUGACAGGGUUUGCUGCAAUUGUUGUUUUAACUUAUGUGGUAUGUAUGUAUGUAUUUAAGUUGUAGACUGUUGGUCGGACAUAACAGGCACUUUGAAGAUGCCUCUUUGGGCUGUCGGAAAGUGUGAUGAUCAUUUUUCACUUAUUCUCAUUAGUAAUUAAUGGGAUCCAGCUUCUAGAUUCUGUUGAUCUUCUGUGUUUUAUUUCACCGUAAACUGAAUAUCUUUGACUUUCCGGUCAGACCCUAUCUUGACCUUGAGGUUUAGAAAAUUGUGACAACCAUUGUUUAACUAUUUUGUGACUAAAUGAUUAAUGAGUAAAUCAAAACAAUAAUUGGCAGAUAAGCUGACAAUGGGAAUAAUGAUCAGUAGCAGCUCUAAUCAUAUAGUGGCUAAUUUCCUGUUUUAUAGCAGCUACCAUGUUCUGUCCUUGUGGACUCUAGAAUUUCCAUGCAUGGUAGACAGUGAACACAAAUCCCCCCCAGAUAUGUUUGUGAAUGAGCGUAGGUUCCUUGUGUUACAGGAGAGGUGUGGCUCACUCAUGAAGGUUUGUCAGUGCCUGGAAGGAUAAGAUCUAAAACAACUAGUUCUGCCUGCAAAGAGACAUUCCAGAAAGUUUGGUUGAUCACCAUGUCAUUCCUGUGCUCUGUUGCCCUCUCGUGACCCAAUGACUUCAACGGACGUUUUGACUUUUAGAGUCACCUUUGACCCCAAACCCUUUCUACGACCCCUGAGAACAGACAUAAACUGACCGCGUGCAUAAGCUGCAUUGGGGUGAGAAGUCCUCACACACACACACACACACACACACACACACACAAUUACAUUUGGUCGUGCAACAUGGACUACAAAUACGGUCUGUUGUAUAUUAAGGUAUAAAAGAACGGACCAUAGUAAGCCAGCUAUCUGAACCACGUGGGAAUGCUGAUAAUUGUGAUGUGUGUUGGAGAAAAACAUUAAAUACAUUGAACAUGCUUGUUUUUUUGUUUUUUUCAGAAAGGACUUUUAUCAAGUUGAUAUAGUUAAUUAAGCUCGGCCUAUUUGCACAGCUGCAGUACGGUGUGUGCCAAAACAGUCAAUCGUGUUUUCAGUCCACUGAAUUGCAAUAUGUGCAAACCAUAACUGGCACCUAAGCUGAUACAACACUGUUUUUUUCUCUGCAGUUUGUCUUCCAAAUGCCUACCUCACGCCUAAAGAGCAAAUCACUGCAGCCACAGCCCUAAUCAGCAGCCACCAUGACAUCAAGCAUCGGGGAUGAUUGUAGCAUCUUUGAUGGGUUGAUGGAAGAAGAUGAGAAGGACAAAGCAAAACGCGUGUCCCGAAACAAGUCUGAGAAGAAACGGAGAGACCAGUUCAAUGUCCUCAUCAAGGAACUCGGCACGAUGUUGCCGGGCAAUACCAGGAAGAUGGACAAGUCCACCAUCCUGCAGAAAAGCAUUGACUUCCUGUGUAAACACAAAGAGAUUGCAGCCCAGUCGGAGUCGAGUGAGAUCAGGCAGGACUGGAAGCCUCCAUUUCUUAGCAAUGAAGAGUUCACCCAGCUCAUGCUGGAGGCUCUGGAUGGGUUCUUUUUAGCAAUAAUGACUGACGGGAACAUCCUCUACGUCUCCGAGAGUGUCACCUCACUACUUGAACACUUACCGACGGACCUGGUGGACCACAACCUGUUAAACUUCCUGCCACUUGGAGAACACUCCGAGGUGUACAAGGCCCUGUCUACGCAUCCCACCGACCACGAGAACCUUAGCUCCGACUACCUGAAGAAUAAGAACCACAUGGAGUUCUGCUGCCAUAUGCUGCGAGGGACCAUCGACCCCAAAGAACCGCCUGUCUACGAAUAUGUAAAGUUCAUUGGCAACUUCAAGUCCCUCAACAACGUUCCCAACGCGGCGAGGAAUGGUCUAGCAGGGGUGUUACAGCGGUCGCUACAACCCGCGUUCGACGACCAGGUGUACUUCGUAGCCACUGUUCGGCUGGCCAAACCUCAGUUUAUCAAGGAGAUGUGUACAGUAGAGGAGCCCAAUGAAGAAUUCACCUCUAGGCACAGUCUAGAAUGGAAGUUCCUCUUCUUAGACCAUAGAGCUCCGCCAAUCAUAGGCUACCUGCCUUUCGAGGUCCUGGGAACAUCAGGGUACGACUAUUACCAUGUGGAUGACCUGGAGACACUGGCCAAGUGUCAUGAGCACUUGAUGCAGUACGGUAAAGGGAAGUCCUGUUACUAUCGUUUCCUGACUAAAGGUCAACAGUGGAUCUGGCUUCAGACGCACUACUACAUCACCUAUCACCAGUGGAACUCUCGGCCCGAGUUUAUUGUCUGUACGCACACAGUAGUCAGCUAUGCAGAGGUGAGGGCAGAAAAGCGCAGAGAGCUGGGCAUUGAGGAGUCUAACCCAGAAGUUACGGUGAAUAAGAGUCAGGACUCUGGCUUGGAGUCCCAGCUGAAUACGUCCAGCCUGAAGGAGGCCUUGGAGCGAUUUGAACGCAGCCGAACACCCUCAACCUCCUCACAGAGUUCCCACAAGUCCUCAUCGCAUGCCUCUGACAACACGUGCACUUCCUCCAAGCUACACAUGGACACGGCCACACCUCCGCCGCAGUCCCUGGCCUCCACCAUGGAGAUGACGUCACAGCGUCGCUCAUCCAUCAGCAGCCAGUCUAUGAGCUCUCAGACCACAGGACAGAGUGUAACUCCAGGUAUGAUCACUCAUCAGCAACAGCAACAACAACAGCAACAGCAACAGCAGCAACAACAGCAGCAGCAACCACAGCAACCACAGACAAGCGUACAGCCGGUGAUGGAGUUCUCAGCGCAGGUGAAUGCCAUGCAGCAUCUGAAGGAUCAGCUGGAACAGAGGACAAGGCUGAUCCAAGCCAACAUCCAGCGGCAGCAGGACGAGCUGAGGAACAUCCAAGACCAGCUGCAGAGAGUCCAGGGGCAGGGCAUACAGAUGUUGCUGCAGCAGCAAGGCGGAGCGAUGAACGUGCAGCUCCCCCAGGUGGGCUCGGUCCAACAAGCCACUGCUUUGACCAGUCAGGUCCAGCAAACGACAAUUAACCCCGUCCAUUCAGGAGCUCAGCAGCUCACCAUCCAGCAGCAGGCUCCGCCCCCCCAGCAGAACCUGCAGCAGCAGCAGCAGACCAACACCCUCGCACAGGAAUUCAUAUCAUGUCCCUCCCUCCUUCCCCACAUUACCACUCUCCAGCCCCAGCGUCAGCCCCAGCAGCCCCCUCAGGCUCAGCCCCAGCAGCCCCCUCAGGCUCAGCCCCAGACCCAGGGCUCAGUAUCCGCUCCGCUGUACAACACCAUGAUGAUCGCCCAGCCAGGGCAGCCCAACGUGCUGCAGAUCAGCACCAGCCUGCCGCAGACCAACACGCAGCAAGGCACCGCAGUGGCCACCUUCACGCAGGAUCGACAGAUCCGGUUCCCAGCAGGGCAGCAGCUGGUGACCAAGCUUGUGACCGCUCCAAUGGCGUGUGGAGCGGUCAUGGUGCCCACCUCCAUGUUCAUGGGACAGGUGGUCACUGCGUACAACCCCUUUGGUGGGCAACAGCAGGGAGGGCAAACCCAGACUCUGACUCUGCAACCAGCCCAACCGCCCCAAAGUCAGCCCGACGGCCCAAACCAGACGGCUGUAGUGGCUCAGGGCGGCCAGCAGGGGCAGCAGCAGCAACAGCAAUUCCUACAGGGCACUCAUCUUCUCCAUAGCAACCAGUCUACACAGCUCAUCCUGCAGGCAGCUUUCCCACUCCAACAACAGGGCACGUUCACGCAGGCAACGCAGCAGCAGCAACAACAACAACAACAACAGCAGCAGCAACAACAACAACAGCAACAGCAACAGCAGCAACGACAACAGCAGCAACAAUCUCACCACCAGAGGCACCAGCAGCAACUGAAACCGCAGCCCCAGAAACAGCAGAAAGCUCCGUCAUCGCACAGGACCGACAGCGUCAGCAGCCAACCUCAGUGAGCUGGUUCACUGAGAGAACACCGGGAACGUUAGGAGAUCGCUGCAUACAGCUGUCGCAUGGCCGUCACAAACUCUCCCCCCCCCCCCCCAAAAUAAAAUCGUUGCCCUCCCUUCCUCCGUCUGAAGGAAAGGAAUCAGAGGAAAGAGGAAAGCCUGUGAGUCCACAAGGAACUCGAUUGCCACUGUGGCAACAGGAUGGAUUAAAAUCCCCCUUUCCUUCACUGGAAGAGGAGCUGUGAAGGAGCUCCGGUCUCUGGGGAAAACCGGUAACAACUGACUUUUAUUUUAAUUUUUUUUGAAGGUGUGUCAAAGUGGACUGACCUUGUACAGAUUUACUGUAUGAUACAAAAAAAACCUUGUAAAUAUACAAUAUAGCCUAACAGGAAACAGAAAUGUAGUAUUUUAUAUGAUUGCAUGGAAAGAAUAACUGUGUAAGCUUUUAUUAGUCGCUUUUGAGAAAUGAAUUUUUACUUUGUUCAACUGUUUUCUGGUCAAAGAUGGAGCGAUGAUGUGCUCUCAGUCUUCUCUCCCCCACCCCUACCC